GAAAAGAUGUGGAUAUUUUCCAGUGCCGACAAUUCAAAGUGUCCCUUUUUUAUUUGGAAUCAGUGGUGUUUGUAUUACGCAGCGGUGGUGUGUUUGUUGUUCUCGCAUGUCAAGACUGAUGAUGUUUGCCCGCCGACCUGCAUCUGUGCCAGAGACUCAGGAACAGUGACUUGCCGUGAUGGGGAGGACACUGAGGUACCAGGAGACAUACCGGAGUGGACGUCCACCUUGAUACUCAAGGGGAGAAACAUCUCAACUUUACACCGUGGUGCGUUCAUGGUCAACGGCACGGAGAUGGAAAUUACGAUACUGUCGCUGUCCUACAACGGGAUACAGACUAUUGAACCUUAUGCCUUCCUGGGUCUCCCCCGAUUGCAUUUGCUGGAUCUGAGCCACAAUCAAUUGGAGUCUAUCUCAGCCAGGGCUUUCCACGGGUUACUAGAGUUGCGAUCUCUUUACCUAAAUUAUUCUUUCUUGCCUUCGGCCACGGCGCAGCUCUCCAAUGCGCUCACCACACAAAGUUUGCGCAACCUCCACAGACUGGAGUUGGCGGGAAACAGGCUGAAGUCUAUACCCCUGGAGAGAUUAGACAUCUAUAAUCUCCACGCAUUAGUGCUGAUAAAUAACUCAAUAGAGAACAUCGGGGGUGCAAACAUAUCAGAGUUGUACCAGCAAAGGCGCAUACGCGUCUACUUGUCUUUAAACCCGUUUCGGUGCAACUGCGAGCUGGAGGCGUUUUACUACUGGUUAAAGAAUUCAUCCAUGUGCCCGGAUUCAGGGCGUCUCUUGUGCAGGGAGCCGGAGGCAAAGAGAGGGAUUCCCGUGGAGAUGCUGCGGGGAGAGGACGUGGAUUGUGUAAACGAGAACCUUGAGGCGGUUUCAUAUGUGUUCCUCGGUAUUGUGUUGGCUCUGAUAGGGGUGGUGUUUCUUAUGGUGCUGUAUCUCAACCGUAGAGGCAUCAAACGGUGGCUCAACAACAUCAGAGAGGCGUGCCGAGACCAGAUGGAGGUCUACCAUUACCGCUAUGAGCAGGACUCAGACCCGAGACUGGCCAACGUGGCUGUUUAA